CUAAAUAAAAUUGUUAGUUAUCGAAAGCUUUCGUUAAUCUUGUUUUAUAGAUAAAAUAUGGAACUCUGAAGGACGGAGUCAUGAGCACCUCUAGUUUGCGAAUCGUGAUCGAUAAUCGAAUAGGAAGCAGUUAUUCAGGAACUGCUAUCGAUGUUUCCGUCUCCGACCCCGAACAAGUUGUCAAACGACUUGACGAAUAUUAUUUUAUGUUAAAAAGUCAGAUAUUACAGUACCAGAGUUGCCCUCUUGGUCUAUUUCCAUCCUGUGGAUCACCAGAGAACACGUCCAAGGUUGCCUAUGUGCGAGACAGUAUUUAUUGUGCAGCAGCCGCGUGGGCUCUAUCUCAAUGCUACAGACGCAUUGAUGAUGAUCAAGGCAAGACUCACGAACUCGGGCAGAUUGCCGUGAAAUGCAUGAGAGGAAUCCUGUUCUGCUGGUUACGUCAGGCUGAAAAGGUGGAACAGUUCAAAUCAAACCAGAGUUCAGAGUUUGCCCUACAUUCUUUGUUUCACAUCAUCACUGGGGACCCAGUGUACAGCAGUGAUGAAUACGACCAUUUACAGAUUGAUGUCAUAGCUCUGUACCUGGUGUUUCUUGUCCAGAUGAUCAAUUCAGGCCUACAGAUCAUAUUUUCAUCGGAUGAAGUGAAGUUUAUUCAGAAUCUGGUCUUCUAUGUUGAAAGAGCAUAUCGGACACCAGAUUUCGGCAUCUGGGAGCGAGGAAGCAAGUACAACAAUGGAUCUAUAGAAAUACAUGCCAGUUCGAUUGGCAUGGCGAAGGCCGCACUUGAGGCUAUAAACGGAGCCAACCUGUUUGGAGAACAAGGAGCGGCCUGGUCAGUAAUUUACGUUGACGUGGACGCCCACAACAGAAACAGGACGAUAUUUGAAAGUAUUCUGCCUCGAGAAUCAAACUCAAAGAACACCGACGCAUCUCUCCUUCCCACCGUCAGUUGGCCGACGUUUGCCAUACACGAGAAGGAUACAAAGGAACGCACGAUCCACAAGGUGCUCCGCAAGUUGGAAGGAAAGUAUGGUUUGAAACGCUUCCUUCGAGAUGGCUACAAGACCGUCAUUGAAGAUCAGAACAGAAAGUACUACAGACCUGCUGAAAUAAAAAAUUUUGAUGGGAUAGAAUGUGAAUGGCCGAUGUUUUAUAUUUACCUCAUAAUUGAAGCCGUUUUCUCUGAUGAUAGAGAAAGUCUGGAGAAAUAUGCCAAGAAGUUGCAGCCUUUGUUGAUACAGAGCAAGGAUGGACUGUUGGUUCCCAAGUAUUACUACGUUCCUGAAGACACCAUUGAGCUGGAGAAGAUGCAUCCUGGGAGUCAGGAGCGACUGCCCAGCCCAGAGGGAUCCACGGGCGGGGUCUUCAUGUGGGGUCAGGCCAUCUACAUCAUCAGUCAGCUGUUAGUUGAAGGUUUGCUGGCAAGGAAUGGUCUCGACCCAGUUCGUCGGUAUCUUCCAGCACCAGAGAGACCCAGGUUCAAUACUCGGUACUCCAAGUUUCAGGGAACUCCACACGACCUCGGAAUCCAGAUUGUUCUGAUCGCAGAGAGUGCUCGCCUGCAGCAGCUGCUGGGAACAUACGGGAUCCAGACCCAGACCCCACACCAGAUAGAGCCAAUGCAGAUCUGGUCCCCCAAGGAGCUGACCAAGGCGUACGAAUACCUCGGCUUAAACACCAAGUUGGGACUUUCUGGUCGCCCCAGUAGGCCGUUCGGUGUGCUCAGUACAUCAAAGAUCUACCGAGCCUGUGGUAAAACGAUUAUCUGCUACCCACUUCUGUUUGAGCUGAGUGAGUUUUACCUGGCUCAGGACAUCAAUCUGGUGAUGGACGACUGCAGGAAUGAUUUGGCAUUUCUGUCAAAGUGCUGGAAGCUGUCUGGACGACCCACAUGGUGCAUGCUGAUCAGAGAAAAUGCCAUCAGAGGUUACAAUUUCGGAGGAUUCCUUGAUCUGUUGGCUCAGUUUAAGAAGGGAAUGGUGGAUGGAGUCCGGGUCAAAAUUGGCCGACUGCAGUCUUUCAUCUCAUCAGCUUGCAUCGAGCACCUGGACUUCCUGCACAUGUUGCCGGACCCAUCCAUCUUCAUCCCAGUGCAGGAGAAAGUCGACUCGGCCACUAAUCUGACCAGUCUGACCGAACUACCCCACCAGGAGGAGCCCGAACACGGAGACUAUCUCAUUGAACAGGCAUACAUGUGCUAUGAGUCACCUUCGUUGUAUGUGUUACUUAAGGAACUGCGCACAAAAGAAGUGGGGCAGCUUGUUCAGCAGCUGAAUUCCGUCACUGGGUUGAUGCCGCAAGCCCAGAUUCUCAAACUUCUGUACGAGAGGGAGGGGGCAUUCUUCCGCAUCGAUGGCCAGACAAUCGGUACAAAGCUCGAGUCGAUAGUCCUCAAGGCCGGAGAGUUCCGCAACUGGGCUGUCGUCAGGUUGUGUUCAGCGUUACUAGGCAAACUUGUCGACAGUCUGGCUCCCUCGGUGACAGCGGUGCUCGUCAAGGGAAAACAGAUAACGGUGGGGGUGUUUGGUCACGAGGAGGAGGUUCUCGACAAGCCGAUCAGCCCGAAUGAACUGAAGAACAUCAUUUACAGCAAGUGUCUGCCAUACGACAUCAGCCAGUCCGUGCUGCAGCAGGAGCUCAUUCUGUGUAUCGGCAAACUGAUCGCCACCUCCUCGCACCUCUUUGAUGGGAUCCUCAAAAUCAGAAUAGGGUGGUUCAUCCGUGCAAUGCAGGUUGAGAACGAGCGCGUGACUGGAUCGUCCGACAUUCUCAGCUUGUCACCGUACCAGAUCAACGAGCUCAUGUACGCCGUGCUGACUGUCAACUCUAACGAGGCUCAGUACCGAACACCCUUCCAGAAGAGACGGCUUGAUGGAGCUUUGAACCGAGUACCCAAGGACUUCUACGACAAAGUUUGGCAGAUUCUGGAGAGAACUCCAGGUGGUAUCAAAGUGGCAGGCUAUCUGCUGCCUCAGCAACCGACCCUGUCUGACAUGACAAUGUAUGAACUGAACUUCUCACUGCUGGUGGAGCAGAUGUUGAGUAAGAUCGUAGAACCGGCUUACAGACAGAUCAUGGUUGAGACAUUCAUGGUGGUAUCAACUAUUCUCGAAAGGAAUCCAGAGUUAACGUUUCAGAAAACUGUCAAUAUGGACAAGAUAAUUGAGGAAGCAUUUGAAGACUACCAGCAGGACCUGAGUCGACUGGAGGAGUAUGAGAAGCAGGAUGACAAGAGCGGCUUCUUCAACACGCCGCCGCACGUGAAGCACGGCACGACCAGCUACAUCGCCAAGUCCAUCAUCAAACAGCUGCUCGACGGCGAACUCCGCGUCUUCUCAGACGACACAUGUCAGAUUUGUUGAUCGAGGCGACUUGUUAACGAUGACACGUGUCACAUUUGUUGAUCAAGGCGACUCGUUAACGAUGACAUGUGUCACAUUUGUUGAUCAGGGUGACUCGUUAAUGAUGACACAUGUCACAUUUGUUGAUCAGGGUGACUCGUUAACGAUGACAUGUGUUACAUUUCGUGAUCGGAGCAACUCAUUAACAAUGAUAGGUGUCACAUUUCAUGAUCGAGUCACAUUUCGUGAUCGUUGAUGAUGACAUGUGUUACAUUUGGUGAAUGGUGGUGACUCGUUAACAAUGACACGUGUCAAAUUUUUUGAUUGUGUCACAUUUUGUGAUUGGGGCAGCUUGUUAACAACGACACAUGUCACAUUUCAUGAUCAAGACCACUCAUUAACGACACAACACGCGUCACUGUUUUUGUCAUCAGGGUUGCUCGUUAAUGACGUGUGUCGCUGGUUUAUUAUAUUGGCUAAUUAUGGCCUGAUGCCAGUACUGGCCCCAUGCGUUUAAAAACUUUUAGAAUCUAGAUAUAAGACUCUUAAUAGAGUCUGAGACUUUUAACGUCAUCAGGCGCCUGUGUGCAAGAAAUUUUGUAGCCAGCAAUGUUUUUAGAGGGUUCGUGUCAUGAUCCCCUGGAAAAUACAUUUUAAAAAUUUAUUGCAUCAGGAGGGGUUGACUGUUAAGUUUUACGAGCACGGACUCGGGACCCGAGUAGGUGUGACUGUGUGGUGUUUCAGUGUCUGUCGAGUUGUAUUUGGUAGAGCGAGUUGGAUUGUGUUGAAAAAAAAAGCACUGGUGAUGUGUACAGCACUUUAAUGAAUGGAGUGAAAUAUUGUUAGUCUGGACAGUAUGGGUCAGACUCUAGAGAACUUGUGAGGGCAUGAACCCCCCCCCCCCCCCCCCCCCCCCUUCCCCAUACACACCAUCCAAUUUGAGGACAUAAAAAAAGAAUUCUUGUCCAACCACAAAUUUGAGCACCACAGAAUAGAUUUUCUUGUCCUGCUAUGUAUAAAAUAACCUAAAUAGCUAAAAAGUGUCAUUGCUGUUUUGUUUUCCGAAUGCUAGUAAAUUGUAUUCAGAGAUGUACCUGGGGAUCAUCCUUCUACACAUCCCUCAACUGGUUGUCUUUACACCCGACCCAGCACUUUAAAUAUCAUCCCUAGACUUUGACUUAGAGUAUUUUUACAUGCCCCUAUACCACAAAGGUUUCAGGCAUGUCCAUCCCGGGUCCGGUCUCAGGGUAGCCAGUGAUCUGACCCGGGACAGAAACAGUAGGGACGAUUUUGAAUAUUUUUUACACUAAAGGCAAAAUGGGACAUUACUAAAAAAAAAUUAUAUAAAAUUUAGAAAGCGCAAUCUAAAAUAAUAUACUAUAUUAAAUUCCUAUUUCUUAAUAUACUAUUUAAUUAGUUUAUAAUAUGCACUAUUUUUGAUUGGGCAUUUCUAAAAUUUACCUAACCUAUUAAGAUAAUUAUAAAUAUAAAUUAGCCCUACAUCCCUAGAGGCUUGUUUCUUUUUCUUGAAAAAGUGGCUACCAGUACAUUAUAUAAAAUAUCCUUACCAUGUAAGUAUCCUUCAAGAGUUGUCUCCCUUGGUCAUCUCACCACUUCGAUGUCAAGCACCAAACCACAAGAUUUUGUCAAUCAUGAAUUCAAGGUUGGUGAGGCAAUUCUGAAUUUGUGCUGACCAUGUAUGUCAUAUUUUGUGAUCAGGGUCUGUUAAAAGUUUUUACAAAGUCAAGUCAAGUCUUGUGACAAAGUCAUAUUGCAUGACAUGUCAAUCCAAGUCUGUGAGUGUGAGGCAAUUACAUGUGAUUUAGUAGACAACCGAUUCGGACUCUCCUGUAAUGUGACAAGUCACAAAAACCAAAACAAAAAGAAUGUGGUAUUUUAUUUAUCUGAUUUUCACAUCCACUAUGUGACUGCUUUCAGAUUUUAGAUUUUUAUUUUUAAUAUAGUUUAUUCAUUGGCUGAAUAUUCAGUGAUUUAUUGACAUAUAGCUGACUUUAAUUGUCUACAUGUUAGGUAAUAUAUAUUCUGAAUGUGAAUGCUCACACCAGCUUAGAGUGAUGUACAUAAUUAUAUGAUUUCAGUUGAUGUACUUACAACAUUUUUCAAUUUUCAUUGGCUGUUAUUGCAAUUGAACUAUGAACCUCAUUUUAAAAUAUGUCUGUAAAGCAUUUGCAGACAAAAAAAACCCAAAAGGAAUAUUUGUUUAACCACACCUAAAGAUAUUUUUAAUUUUGACUAUUUGCCACACAAGUUACUCCUAUCUUUCCGAUACAGGAUAGUACAUACCAUGGCCUUUAAUUUACCAUUUGUAGACAACUGGUUGGACCUCGGGUAAAACAUGGGUCCAUUGAGGGCCAUCAAUUCUAAUACCCAUUAUACUACAGGCUCUGUCACUGCCAAGCCUAGUAGCAGACAAAUCAAAAUGGAAGAAAAGAGUUAUAUGAAAUUAAUGUAACCCAGGCCAUUGCACCAUCUCUGUUUGAGAAUGCCACAGUAUUUUACUGUCAGCACCAAAACUAUGCAUGGAAUGCUGCUGAAAUACUGAGGUCUAUUAAUGGGAUACUCCAUCAAAUAUUAUGCACAUUCUACUGGCAUGCUCAUCAGAAAUGGAGGAGUGAACGAAAACGGUGAUACGACAAUCUAUAUAUGUCACAGUAUUAAAAUGUUUCUCAGCAUAAUUGCUUUAAUUGUCAUACAUGUAUGUCACAUUGACUCUGAAUGACUAUGUUUGAUAUUAACUCUGAUAUAGUGUUGCACUAACCCUAUGUUUGGCUCUAACUCUAAUAUGAUGUCAUAUUGACCAUGGUAUGACCUAGUCUUGUCUUCAAGUCCGAUAUAGUGUCAUGUUGACCAUGGUAUGACCCUAGUCUUGUCUUCAAGUCAGAUAUUGUGUCAUAUUGACCCUGAAUGACCUAUAUAUUUACAGAGUUAGUAGUUGUACUUACUAUUGCAUUUUUUUACAUUUAAUGUGUAAUAGUGAAAAAAAAUUACAGUGGAAAUCUCAAAAUAAUUACCUAUUGUGUAUUAUUAUUAUUAUUAUUUAUAUACAAAUGGGCUGUAGCUCAGGUUGGUCAUGGCAGGUUCAGAUUUAAUAUUUAUCUGUAAGAUUACAAAUAUUUAUAUAUGUAUUUAGAUUGUCACACAUGUGACCUGACAAACCUGUUGCUGUGUUGGAACAUUUUAACAGAAACUUUAAUAAUGAAAUCUGUGUUGCUAAUAACCAAUUUUGUUAUUGUUAUUGAUAUGCUGUAUUUAAUGAGGGUUUUUUUGUGAAGUGGGUUUUUUUUUUAAUAUUCUGUUGUUUGAAGUUCUGGAGCCAAGUUUACCAAAUGUUGUAAGGUCGAUGACAGUCACGUUUCACACCCUUGUUUUGGCUUCGUACACAAUAAAUAAAACAUAUCCAUGGUAAUUUUUCAAUUCAAUAUACAUGUAUUUGACAAAAGGUACUUUUUAUUUCUUUCA